CCCUUUCAGCAGCUAUGAAAAAAGCUACUACACAGACGAGACGUAUGCUCCGUGCUGUCCGUUAAAAGCGCUAUUCUGGUUCAUUUAAGUAACCUAUGACGUUGCAUGGCCGGAACUUUAUAUAUUGUUACAUUUCAGGUAAAACCGGAACUUUAUAUGUACAUUAGGAAAGACUUUAUAGAGUACAGUCUCCUAAGUGGUGAACGGACAGCCCGUGGUCGUUGAGUGAGGCUCUGGGGAUUUUCAGAAAACAGAUCAGUCGAGGAGAGAGAAAUCUGCCUGGAUAAACAACAGUAGACGCCGCGAUGAGGCAGGAAUGGGGACUUCACCACGGGCCCAAAUGACAAACGGAAAGGAAUUUCUGCUUUAGCCAUCUGAAAAACAGAUGAAGACUCACUUCUGAGAAUACUUCUUUAGCUUGCUAGUUCGCGACAGAAAAGGGAAAAGACGACAUUCUCAUUUUACAAGGUUAGCGAGCAAGCCAGCCAACUCGUAGCCCUCCGUCGUCUCUCCCUCCAUCCCCUGCUAGGUUUCGCUAGCCAGCAUCGGGCCUUUGGUUUUGUGUUGUCAGUUUCACAGCCCGGCUGUUGACGUUCGUUUGCAGUAUCACUUAGCUAGACUCCUAUCUCCCUUUUCAGUUUAUUCGCCUUUUGGCCUGCUAACAAAGGGUUUUAAUUGAAAACGGAGCCUCGUACGAAUACCGUCGUGUCAGGUCUUGCUUACAGAAGGUGGGUUGUGGGCCCCUCCGAUGGACCCCUAGGAGCUAGCUCCACCGUCCCGAGUGCAGCUUCGUGGAGGGACAGCCAGGAUGAAGAGUGAGGUCCCGUCUAAUGCCCCGCACAGACACGAGCACCUGAAGGGGGCGCUGGCCAACCCAGAGCCCAUGGAAACCGCCAAGAGCUUCACGGCAGGCGUGGAGGUGAUGGCCAAGGUGGGCAGCGAGUUCAUGCCGCUGUGCACCGAGCCCCGCCACCGGCCCCUGCGCGAGCCCGGCCCCGGGGGCCGCAGGGACAGCGACCGGGGCCACCCCGGGCGCAAGAAGCGCAAGAGCCAGCAGGCGGGGCCCUCGGCGCGAGCGCUGAAAGAGGGCCGCGUGAGCGGGGGGCCCCUGACCCCGUCGCGCCAGAGGACCGGUCUGCUGGAGGAGCAGAGCGAGGAGGAGCAGCGCCUGGACUCCUCCCUCAGCGAGUGCGUCUCCUCCCCCUCCUCCAGCCUGCACUUCGGCGACUCGGACACACUCAGCUCGGAGGAGGGGGGCGGAGACGGCGAGGGCGGGGUCGUGGGCGUGGCCGGGCAGCAGCGGAAGGCGGUGCCGGCGGGGGAUGGGGGCGGGGCCGCUGCGUGCGCCCGCCCCGUUCUGGGCCGGACUCCGGUGAGCCGGGUGCACAGGUGGGCGCGGCAGGAGGCGGAGCCUGUGCUGCUGAAGCGGCCCUGCCUGGCCGGCCGCCGCCCCUCGCACAGGAAGCGCUUGGUGAAGGCGGUGGCGGGCGCGGCCGGCGUGCAGCGGACUCCAAAGCAGAAGGAGCGGCUGCAGCUCCAACGCAGGAAGCGGGAGGUGAUCGCCCGCAGGAAGUACGCGCUGCUCCACAGCACCAGCAGCUCCAGCGAGGAGCUGAGCAGCGAUUCCUCCUCCCCGUCCUCCACAGAGGGCGAGGACGAGCUCUACGUGGACAUCAGCAGCAGCAGCAGCAGCAGCAGCCAGCCCGGCAGCGCAGCAGUUAGCACAGGCGCUCUGGAUGAAGACGUGGUGGUGAUCGAGGCCACGCCCGCGCCCUCCGUCCAGGCCAAUGAGGAGAUCAACGUCACCUCCACCGACAGCGAGGUGGAGAUCGUCACCGUGGGGGACGCCUACAGGCCUCGCUCAGGGGGGGCCCACGGCAGGAUGCACUGGGGCCCCAGCUGCUCUCAGAACCGGUCCCAGGACCAGCGCGGCCGACACCGCGUCUCCACCGUCAUACAGCCCCUCCGGCAGAGCGGCAGCGAGGUGGUGGACCUGACCGUGGACGAGGACGAUCUCUCAGUAGUGCCAACCACCUCUGACAGGACCCGCCCCCAGCCUGUUAGCUCCUCCUCCUCCUCUUCCUCCUUCAAUAAUGCCUCUACCUCAGAGCCCCCCUGUGACGGGCCCGGCCCCUCUGGCAGCGGCCCCGCCCCGGCGCCCGACAGCACUGUGGGAGUGCAGGCCCACAGCAGCACAGCUGGCUCAGCCACUGCGGAUGAUGCACGAAGAGGUGCUUUGGGGACCUCAGGAGAAGGCGGGGGCACUGCCAUGCCCCGUCUUCCCUCCUGCUGCCCCCAGCACUCCCCCUGCGGCGGCCCCUCCCCAGGGCACCUGCCCCUCGGGCACGCCCACUCGAGCUGCAUGCAGGCUCCGCCUCCCCAACAAGCCCUGCCCCAGCACGGCCACGGCCACGCCCACCACUUCCACCACCACCAUCACCACGCGCCCCCUCCCCCGCCCCCUCUGUCCUUCCCCGAAACCAGCUGCCCCUUGGAGAGGCCCACUGCAGUGCCACCACCCUGUGGAGGAGUCAGCAGUACAAGCAACCAGUACCAUGACCAGACCCUCCCUGUGGAUCUCAGCAGUAAUGCAGUGCGCAGUGGGGGGAGUGGCGGGUUCCACGGGACGUCAGCCUUCGACCCCUGCUGCCCCGGCUCGUCGUCCCGCCCCCCCACCUACGUCUCGCAGGCCGCCCCGGGCCCCAGCCAGCCUGUGGACACCUACAGCUCGGCCAUGGUGACCCCACCCCAGCCCCAACCCCAAAUGUCCUCCUGCAGGCAUUACAUGCACCCCACCUAUGGGCCCCUGGCUCGCUCUCUCCACCACCAGAGCUCUUCCUCCUGCCCCCACUCCCACGGCAACCCCCCGCCCCCGCCCCAGCCACCCCCGCAGUCCGACUACGUCAUACCCCAUCCCGUCCACGCCUUCCACGCCCCCCUGUCCUCCCACGCACCCGGGCACGUCGUGCCCCCGGCCCCGCCCCCCGCUCUGCCCGCCCACCACCUGUCCGGCUCGGCCGCGCCCCUCCCCCAGCACCUGCCCCCCGAGCACCAGGCCCUGCCCCACCACCUGCCCCCGCUGCCCCCCGCCGUGCAGAGGCUGCACCACCACGAGGUGCUGCAGAGGAUGGAGGUGCAGAGGCGGAGGAUGAUGCAGCACCCAGCUCGAGCGCAUGAGAGACCCCCGCCCCACCCUCACAGGAUGCACCCCAAUUACGGUCACGGUCACCAUAUCCAUGUGCCACAGACCAUGUCCUCUCACCCCCGCCAGCCGGACCAGAGGACGACCUGGGAGUUGGGGAUCGAUGCUGGGGUGGCUGUAGCUCCAUACCCGGCGGGGCAUCUGCACCCCCACCUGCCCCACUAUCACCCACCCCCCAGGCUGCACCAUUUCCCCAUCACCUUCAUGCAAACUGGCAUUUCCGAAGUGACCUACCCCCACAUCCGUUAUAUCUCAUCCAGAAUGACUGGUUUUGGAAGAACUUACGAAGAUCUGCUGCAUUUGGAGGAGAGGUUGGGGACAGUGAACCGCGGUGCCUCUCAGGGAACUAUAGAGAGAUGCACUUACCCGCACAAAUACAGGAAGAGAAAGCUGCACGGCAAGCAGGAGGAGGACGAGGGGCCGGAGGAGGACACGGAGGAGAAAUGCACCAUUUGUUUGUCCAUCUUAGAAGAGGGAGAGGAUGUCAGACGCCUUCCCUGCAUGCACCUCUUCCACCAGCUGUGUGUGGACCAGUGGCUCCUCACCAACAAGAAAUGCCCCAUCUGCAGGGUGGACAUCGAGGCGCAGCUGUCGGCCGAGAGUUGAUGCUGCUCUCCUCGGCCUCUCUUUUCCCUCUUUUCAUUUGUCGGUUUGUUUUCGUUUUUCCUUCAGUACUUCAGUCAACCAAAGAUGGCAUGAUUCACCUGCGCAGAUUCAAAAUGAAAAAGAAAAAAACUUACAAAAAAAAAGACAAAAGAGCAUUCAACCCUAGAGAGCUAGCUGUUUUAGUGCCAGUACUGCUAGAAGUGGCAUAAUCGGAAAAGAGUUUAGUUUUUUAAAUAUAAUUGUAUUUAUAAAGCUCUUUAUUUGACUUUUUAGUUGUUGUUUUUUUUUUGUUUUUUGGUGUCAUUUAAUUUAGUAUUUUUUUUUGUUUUGCAUGGUUCUUUUUUAUGCAUUUCUUUGCACACACAAUAAAUUGGGCUUCAUGUGGCCUAUCAACUUGCAGGCAAGGGUCACUGCUCUAGUAAAGAAGCGUUUUAAAAAAUACACAAUAAUGCCCUGCUUUACUGGAGUAGACCGUCAACUUCCAUUUUUUAACAUUGCAGGAUUCAUUUAAGCAAUCAUUGUAUUGAUGUGUUUAUGUACAGAUAAUGUGAUCAUCUAGAUAAAAUGAAGAUUUAAAAAAAUAUAUAUUAAUCAAGACAUUCCUUAAUUGGGGAAAAACUUCAAACUGACAGAAGAGCUGCUGUGUCAGUCAUUGUACACCGUCGUGCAGUAUCCAGCGAACGGGAACAAACUUCAAAUAUGCAUCAGCACAGAAUAUGCACACCCCCUCGUUUACCACUCAUCCUGCAUACACAUUUUACACUCUUCAUCUGAUGUAUUUGAGAAGAAAAUGAAUGUCCGUUUCGUGAGUUGAUUGUUCUUUUUUUUGUUGUUGAACUGUUUGAAUUGCGAGUGGAGUUUGUGCAGGGCAGGUGUUGGGAAGCGACGGGGCUGCUGUGCAUCAGCGGGGCCUUGCGUUGGGGGCCUCGCGUCGGGGGGCCUCGUGUUGGGGGCCCCGCGCCGGGAUCUCAGGCCCACGCCCCUCGCCCCUCUCCUGUCCGUCUGUAAUCUGUGAAAAUUUUGACUGGAAGCCGCGUGCGACCUGCUUUUCUUUUCUUUUCUUUUUUAAAAAACAUUUUUUCCUCUGCGUGUACUUUCUGUUCAGACUGCUCAGAGGAAAGAAAAAGAACACUGUGGCCCCACCUGACUGUUGGGGGGGGGGGGGUCAUCAGUUAUUUUUACAAAGAUCACUGUCACUUCAUCUCUCCUCUUCCUCUGUAAUGCGCAGCGAGCGUACCUGCUGCGCUGAAGAACUUAACACUAAUAUUACUCUCAACUAGCUAACUUGCAUAUACUUGCACAUCCAAAGGCGAGAGCUGGGAGACGGGAGCCCUGUGAAUAUGAAAGCGUGUUUCUGCUCUGGAUUUGCCGAGUUUUUAAAAAAUAACUGUCAUUUUGAACCGAGUGUUGGUAUGCAGUACCUAUGGCAGGAAUCCAUGCAUUCAUAGACUUAAUGGCCCCAGGAUGCUUUUCCAAGGGCUUUCUAUUAGUUUCAAAGAUAUUAAUAAAGUUAGAUAACUCUU